AUGACCAACUUUACCAUCGUCAAUGGCCAGCUUUACACUCCAGGGCUAGCGAUCGUCGAUGCCCCGCAGCCAAACACGCCCCUCGGAGGAGACAAUCUUCAAGUCGCAAUCGACGUAUCCGGCAAUGGCCAAUUACCGUGGCCAGCAAUCACUGAUACCCGUUCACCUACGCGCUUCCACAACAUCACCCUCUUCUUAACCUCCGACGCGUUGUCCCACAAUUUCACCAUCUCCAACGGCACAAAGCCCGCUUCCAACACAAGCUAUGUCGGCCCGGUCUUGGACCUGGAACCGUCAUCCACCGUCAAGCAUGUAAACUGGCUUUGGCCCGAUUGCCUCGCGGGAGACGGCUCAGGCUCGAAAGACUCGGCGCGCGGUGCAUACAAUAUCUCCAUGCACCAGUCGUUCCGCUGGAAUGGAUCUGACUAUUAUACAGUCUUUGACUGGCCGAUCUCUGCCACAAAUAGUAUACCGGAGCGCGAAGACCGGAUCGAUUGUGCGCUGCUGGAAAACAAGGUUCUUAGCGCGGCAGAGAUCGGCGAGAGUUCCGAUUCGCUUCCUAGGCAGCCGUGGGUUGAUGGGGGUAGUACGACGGUGUCGAGUCCUUCGGCGAGUCAGACGGGAUUGGGGACUCGGAUUCAUUUGGGGAAUAGAAGAGUAGCUGGGAUUGCGAUUGCUGUGACGGCUAUUUUGCACCUUUUGGACUGA